GGGAGGCUGAGUUAGCCUCAGUCUCGACCCUAGUGGAACGUGCCACGCCACGGUGCAGGCAAGCUAGACUCCCGAUGACGCUGCAGGAGGUCACGAAGGGCUCCCAGUCACCACAAGACUCCGCGGAACCGCUUGCCCAAGCUCGUCUGCGCAGCUAACGGAAGCGGCCCGCUCUCCCGGGCCCGAGUGCACAGGGGAUGCAGCAGGGAGCGAGGGCGGGAGUCCUCCAACCGGGACGGGUGGGAGGAGCUGGGAGGCGGCACCUUCGCGUGGCUCUGGGGUAGCAGGAGGCGCCGCCAAGACAGAGGCUCGCCUCGCUCAGACCAGCCUGCGCUCGAGCAGCAGGAGUCAUCUGGAGCGGAUCCUUCCCGCCGGUCUGCGCUUAGCACCUGAUUCGCAGCGGACGGAGGCGAGAGAGACGGUCUUGCACAGCUCACCCGUCAGGCACUUCUGGAAACCGCGUGCGCCCCGCCUGGAAUCCCAAAGACGCAACGUCUCGGCUUUCCCUGGGCAAACUGUGGGAUAGGCUUAUUUAUCCCUGUUGGUUUUCGCUCUGAAACGGGACUUGCCACUUGCCCAAGUGUAGAAGUGAGUGACUGGCGCCCGCGAUGCAGCUUCUCCGCGUCUUCCUCGUGGCUCUUGUCCUUCAGACGGUGGGCGCCGCGCAGCGGCAAGACAAGUUUCUUGGAAACAGCACCACUGAAGUCAGAGUCCUAUCUUUUCCCGUUGUUUGGAAUCGCAGCACCUGCAAGCCCUUGGAAAAAUUGGUCAGUAUUGUCUCUGAGUACCCCAGUGAGGUGGAGCACAUAUUCAAUCCGUCCUGUGUGCCCCUGAGCCGUUGCAGUGGAUGCUGCAGAGAUGAGAGUCUCCAGUGUGUCCCAACAGAGAUGGCCAAUAUCACCAUGCAGCUCCUGAAAGUGAGUUCAGAGAAGUCGGCACCCUAUGUGGAGCUGUCCUUUGUUGAACACAAGGAAUGUGAAUGCAGGCCUCGGCAAGAAGUUCUGAAAUCAGAGGGGAAGGGAAGGCCCAGGGAAAGCAGCAAGAACAAGCGGACAAAACAGAGACUCAGACUGAGGACUGUGUGAGUAACAACACCAGGAGAGAUGGAGGAGUCAUGCUGUGUACCAUUUGACGAAGGUAGCUGCUUUGUUGACAGAAGGCAACACUGCUCUACCUUUAUUUAUUACUCAGUCUUCUUCAACACUCCUGUACACAUGAGCCAAUUACAUUUUUGACUGAUGAAUUCUGGGGGACUUCUCUCAGCUCAGUGACUUGCAACUUCUGAGCAAACUGGAAGGAACAAAAACAGCAUCACAAUGGGAAAAUAUUGGGCCAAUAUGGAGGAGUCUCUUGUUCAGUUGUAUAUGAGAUUUUUUUCCCCUCCAGAGCCAAGUAAAUGCAGCUGGUAGAAAGGAGGUUUUUGAUCCUUUCUUACAGAUAGCCAAUAUUUCACACAAACACCAACAGAAUUUGGAUUAAAAUGCAAGUAUGACAAAAGAGCAGUUGGCCUGACUUCCAGCUACAGUGUUAUGCAAUGUGAACUUAAAAUGAAGUGACUCAAGAUGGGAGUAAAUGCUGAAUUGUCUAGCUGCUACAUCCUGCCUGCUAAGAAAAAGUUUGAGGAAAGCGUCCUAAACACUUGGCUAAGUCUUGUUGCUGUUUCACCAAUCCAGGGGCCGCUGAAUUGGUAGCACUCCCUGUUCCAAGUACUUGUGUUUCAGGAGAAACAAUUGGCCCUGACACAUCUAAAGGACCUUCUGCCUUGAUGAACUGCAUCUGGGAGAGUUCAUUGCCAAGUAGCAUUACAGAAGCUGUGGGAAGGGACUUCAGAUGAGCAGAGACAGCAGAGCCUGUUCCCAAGGAAGCUCCAGCAUGUUGCUCAUCCAGACUCCUAACCAAGGAAAUAUGAGGUGGGGAAGUGGGGACAAGAAGAACAGGUGUGAUGCUCAAGUUGCUGCAGGUAUAGUGCAUUCGCUGUGAAUCAAAUCACAGGGUUUCUGCAUACGCCAUUAUGUUCUGGAGGAACUAAUUCAGGGGAACCAUUCAAAAGAGAGGCUUGAGAACCCUGAAGAUAUGUGUCGCUAUAGAAGUGCACGGAACCACUUUUGCCAACGGAAUUGUAGCAGUAUCCUGUAAGUUGGCAAGUCUGUCUUGCUCUGCUGCGUAUCAGUUGCAAUCACAUGGUAAAUGUAUCCGCUCUGUGGGAUUUUGCUGACACAGCGGGCUCUGGGGUGGCUGGAAGCCUCUCGCAGUGUAGGCAAGUGAAUUGUCCCAAUCCAGUCCCAUCCUGCCCUCCAUCCACUCUCCAGUACAUUUUGCUUCAUUGAACAGCUUUGCAUGGCACCCCCAGUAUGUCAUAUUUGCCGGGGUAAAUGUUGCACAAACCUAACGGUUCAAGUUAGCUUGCAAUCACUGUUCCCUCUAGCAGGGGUUCCCAGAUGUUGUUCACUACAGCUCCCAGCAUCCCCAGCUGCAGUGGCUUUUGGCUGGGGAUUAUGGGAGUUGUAGUCAACAACAUCUGGGAAUCCCUGUUAGAGGGAACACUGCAAAGUUGCAAUCCAUUGUAAUGGAAUACAGGAACUGAGAGCAAGAAGGAACUCUCUAGGUGGGCCAUGGAAGAAUAUCUGAACUCGGAUAUCUCUAAUAACAAAGCAGUGUGGAUCAUCACUAUUGAAUUCUCAGUUGGGUCUCACUGUUCAGGAAACAACUCAUGGUAUCAUUGUGAAUGUUUCAUUUGGGAGUGCUGCUGCUGCUGCCCUCAAAGCCCCAAACAGAAUACUAGGACCUAUUAUGAAAAGAAUAGCAAAAAACAUAACAUAUAAUGCCUCUCUUUAAAUCAGUGGUAGAUAUGUUGAAUGUCUCUUGAAUGUAUGCGGAAUGUCUUUUGAGUCCUAGAUUCUUUCACUUGGGAAAAUGAUGGCUAUGCAGUGAGCUUAUACAAUUGUGGCUUGAAGAAAAUGGGAGAAUGCCCUGUUCACCCUUUUUACAUAGCCUAAGAACCAAAAGACACCCAAUGAAAGUGACAUGUAGAUUUUAAAUGUGGGCCCACAUGCUGUAGAGGGCUGUACAUUCACAGGGAGCCUUCCAUCUCCCUGCACUGAAGACUUCUUGCACCAUAAAGUGGAAGGGGAAAGUUAUUUUCACUUCUCACCCCUCACUGCAAAAGACUUUUCCAUUCAUAGGAAUAUAUUUCUCUUGAGGGCAGUGCGACCCUUAGGAAUAUGUUCUUGCAAACAGAAAGGUCUUUGCAGUGAGGGGAAUGGAGUGAAAAUGGCUCUUCCCUCCCCAUUUGCGCCUGCUUGGCUGUGCAAAGAGCCUUUGGUGCAGGGGGGCUGAAGGCUCCUUGUGAACGUUCAGCCCUUCAUCUGCCCACUUCCUGGGGCACAGCAUGUAGGCCAUGGAUGAUGUCUUUUUGCAUGCCUCGCAGCUGAUCUGUGAAUACUCUACUAUUAGAAGUUGAAUUGGUCAGUAAUAUAAAUGUGUGCCAAAUGGUCUAGACAAGAUUACAAAAGAUAAUAUUGUGGUAAUAACCACUAGUUAUUAACCAGAAUCGUCAAGAUAUGCACCCUCAUGUCUGAGCAGUCCUAUAUAUGCAACUGCUAUACAUUCAUAGUGAAAACAUAAAAUUGAAUGUUCUCUAAUACUCAGUGGUUGACAUGAGGAAAAUUACUCAAAGUAGUCCAAUUAAAAUUAAGUUAGGCAUUGCCUAACUUGUCCUUUUAAUUUAAAUUGGACUAUUUUGAGUAAUUUCCCUUAUUAUGUUACCCUGUGCUUACAGAUUUUCUAUGUAAUAUACAGUACAGGAUAAUAUUUAUUUUGGAGCCGAGGAGGGAGAGGAAGGGUGGGUGGUGGAGAACUAGAUGGACGGCUGAGCUGAUUCAUCCUAUAGGCUUGUUGUUUCUCAUAGCACAAUAACUGUUUGCAAUUGAGUAUUGAUCCUGAUCCUUUGGUAGAAUCCUGUAUUCUGUGGGGUGUCAUCAGACUUAGGUCCCUGCUUUUCUAUUCAGUGCAAUGCAGCAACAUUCUAAUUAAAUUCUUCUCAAUAAAAUAAUGUUAAAGUCUA